AUGUCAUUGAAGUGGCUCUUGUUCGUCGCCCUGGUGGCGCUGCUCAGCAUUGGAACAGGUUCCCUGGCCCAGCCAAGGAGGUCCACCAUCCGGGCCAGACCCGGAGCUCUGGAGCAGCAGAUUCGCCUCCAGCGCUUGAAUGCCAAAUACUAUGCCAUUCAGCAGGACGAGGAGGAUGGCGAUGACAUCCUCGAGCAUGAAGAAGACCUGGCCGACGAUAGUGAGGACGGGGAGGGAGAUGAUAUCAACGAUGGAGAGGAGGAGGAAGGCAAAAACACCGAAGCUGAAAAGGAAAACAAAAAACUGGAUACCAAAAAGGUGACCGCUAACAGCACACCCGCCAAGCCAGAGACUGAAGUCAAGAACCAGUUGGAGAGGGAGGAGGAGUCCAUCGAUGAGCUGCAGGACCUGGAGGAACCCGAGGACGAAGUCGAGGAGGAGCUUGAGCAGGAAAUCGGCCUCCCACGCGCUGAACCGCGUAAUCGCCGGCGCGGGGGCAGGCGAAACGGCAAGGGCGGACGAAGGGGGCGUGGCAAAAGCAACCGCAGGAGGGGAAACCGCAGGUGCGGCGGCAAGGGAAAGCGCGGCCGUCGUGGCCAACGGAGACGCUUGCCUUCAAAGCGCAGCGGCAACAAACGAAGAACGGAUUCCAAAACAAAGCGACAGGGUCAGAAGAACAAAACAGCCGCCAACAAGGAAGCUGUUUCGCCAUCAAACAAGGUGGCCUAA